AUGCUGUAUGCGCUCGACCAGAUCAACUCACAAAAUGACUUUCUUCGCGGGUAUAAGCUGGUAAGGGAUCUGCAUGGAAGCGGGGACCGGUAAUUAAUGAUUGCAGGGUGCUCUUAUUCUUGAUUCCUGCUCAAAUCCCGCCUACGCACUGAAUCAGAGUUUGGAUUUCGUUCGAGAUAUGAUUGGAUCGUCGGAAGCUUCCGAUUAUGUUUGCUUGUGAGUGAUGCAUCUUAACCUGGUGUGCAAAUUCAACUUUUCAGGGACGGAACAGCCCCAAAUGUCAAUAAACAAUCCCAAAAGAAGAAUGUAGCCGCGGUGGUCGGAGGCAGUUACAGUUCCGUUUCUGUCCAACUCGCCAAUCUUCUUCGUCUGUUCCGCAUCGCACAAGUCAGUCCAGCCAGCACAAAUGCAGACUUGUCGGAUAAAAACCGUUUUGAAUACUUUGCAAGGUAGACUCAUCCACCCCCUCCCUUCCUCAAUAUACGUUCACUUCAGAACGGUCCCAUCUGAUGACUAUCAGGCGAUGGCAAUGGUAGAAAUAGCUGUUCGGUUCAAGUGGUCAUACGUUUCACUAGUUUAUUCAGCGGAUGAAUACGGAGAAUUAGGUAAUCAUCCUCGAUUCGAUUCUUUUUCCGGACGCGCUCUCAUGAAUAUUUCAGGUGCUGAUGCUUUCAAGAAAGAGGCAAGGAAAAAAGGAAUCUGCAUCGCAUUGGAAGAACGAAUUCAAAACAAAAAAGAGAGUUUCGCCGAGUCCAUAAACAACUUGGUUCAAAAGUAGGUUAACCGGAAGUCGAGGUGUUGCGCUUGAGUAUAAUUCUUACAAGUUCAGACUUCAACCGGAAAAGAAUGUCGGCGCGACAGUGGUUGUUUUGUUUGUCGGCACUGAAUACAUCCCCGACAUUCUGCGGCACACCGCUGAAAGGAUGAAGCUGACGUCCGGGGCAAAGAAGCGUAUCAUUUGGCUGGCCUCCGAGUCGUGGGACCGCAACAACGAUAAGUACACUGCGGGCGACAACCGGCUCGCCGCUCAAGGGGCCAUCGUGCUGAUGUUGGCGUCGCAGAAGGUGCCGUCAUUUGAGGAGUACUUCAUGAGUCUUCAUCCGGGAACCGAGAAAUUCGAGAGAAACAAAUGGCUACGGGAGUUGUGGCAAGUCAAGUACAAGUGUGAAUUUGAUGCUCCCGUUGGAUCGAAAGGAAGGUUCGUGGUUUUUGAGUCUUUCGGGUAAAGAGGAAAGAGAGCAAAAAAUCUAUAUUAUGAGUGCAUUCUCUCAUAAACAGGAAACUUUCUAUUUCCAGAUGCGAGGAUAUCCGACAAACUAAUGAAGGUUUCAAUGCGGACGACAAAGUUCAAUUUGUCAUUGAUGCUGUUUAUGCGAUUGCCCACGGUCUCCAGGUAUAGAGGGGUUAACUAUUGAGAGGUUUUUUGUUUUCAGGCAAUGAAGAAUUCGGUUUGCCCUGAUGAUGCUAUCGAAAAUCAUUGGAUCUCGAGAUACAGUAAACAGCCCGAAAUCUGUCAUGCCAUGCAAAAUAUCGAUGGGAGUGAUUUCUAUCAAAAUUAUCUUUUAAAAGUUGCUUUCACAGGUUUCAUAGUCAUUCGCUUGUUUGUUUUCCAUAAAACUGUUCAGAUAUUGUCGGAAAACAGUUUCACUUUUCUCCACAAGGAGAUGGUCCAGCCAGCUACACUAUCCUGACUUACAAGCCCAAGAAUAUGGAUAAAAAACGGAGGAUGCUGGAUGAGGAAAGCUCGCAGUCAGAUUAUGUUGAAAUUGGACACUGGAGUGAGAACAACGUACGUCAUCAGAGGAGCCGACACGAUCUGUAAUUACCCUUUUCAGCUGACCAUCUAUGAAGAGCAAUUAUGGUGGGACGCCGACCACACGCCAGUGUCCGUCUGCUCUAUGCCUUGUAAAAUUGGAUUCAGAAAACAAUUGAUCAAGGUGAAAUUUCACCUAAAAACUGGGUUUCAUGAAUUUUUUAAGGACGAACAAUGCUGUUGGGCGUGUAGCAAAUGCGAAGACUACGAGUAUCUCAUCAAUGAGACACACUGUGUAGCAUGUGAACAGGGAUGGUGGCCCACUAAAGAUCGGAAAGGAUGCUUUGAUCUUUCCCUUUCUCAGCUGAAGUACAUGCGUUGGAGAUCCAUGUACUCACUGGUUCCCACUAUUUUGGCAGUCGUCGGAAUCAUUGCGACACUUUUUGUCAUAGUUGUUUAUGUCAUGUAG